CUGCCUGAUUUUAGUGGUGCAGUAACACUGCAAGACUCUCCCUCCUUCAUUCACCGUGAGCGGUCGACCUCACCACUCCUCCACUCCUUGCUCACUCAACCACCGAAGAAAGGAGAGACGGUCCGGUCCAACACGCAGUUGGCUAGCGCGGACCGUAUGCCAAAAAGACAGGACCGGCUUCGCAUUUGCACCAUGAAUGUCCGUUCCAUUGCCACCGCGGCAAGACUUGCCGACUUCGAAGCCGCGGUCGAGAAUGUCAAGUUCGAUGUCAUUGGAGUCUCGGAGACACGAAUGGCUGGCAAAGGAAGAAUAGACCUCUCAAGUGGGUACUCUUUAUAUCAUAGUGGUACUGAGGAACGAACCAAAAGAGGUGUAGGAUUUUAUGUACCGUCAUCGUUGAAUCAACACAGCGAUUGUUUCUUUCAUUCUGAACGAAUGAUUGAGCUUUGCAUAAAACUAGCCGAUAGGAGCACUCUCCGUAUAAUACAAGUUCACGCGCCCCAUUCAGAUUUUCAAGAUGUGGAAUACGAGGCGUUCUUAGACAAUCUUGCUCAUGUUCUCGAUGCCAGGAGAAGUAAGCACCAAGUGAUUCUGGGCGAUUUCAACGCAACUCCUGGUUUACGCCGUAAUGAAGAGCGAUACAUUGGUAACAAUUCCUCAGGAGCUCGAAAUCACCGUGGACAAAUGUUGGCCGACUUUUGUGAGGAAAGAAAGCUAUUUCUUGCUAACUCGUUCUUCAAAAAGAGACUUGACGAUCGGUGGACAUGGCGAAAUGAUGCCUUGGGACUGAAGAAAGAGAUUGAUUAUGUAUUGUUGAGAAGUAUGAAGGGCGUUGUCGAUGUAGGAGUGCUCACUAGUGUUAACACGGGGAGUGAUCACCGCAUGUUAAGAUGUAAAAUGCGUCUGAAUCCGAUCUCACAACCAGUAAGAAGACCAAGAGGAUUCCCCGUUAUCGACAGCGACUUAUUGAUUACUCGCGUCAUAACAACAGCUACUCAGAUGUCCACAAGGUAUGAAUAUCUCCCACCACGUCUAUCACCAAGGACCCGGGAUCUCCUCCAGAGACGACGAGAGCUACGUCACGGAGAUAAUGGGAGGGGAAUCGUGGAGUAUGCUGAGAUUUGCAAGCUAGCCCGAAAAUCUAUCCAAGAAGAUUUGCGACAACGUCAUAUUCAAAUAUUUCGUCAAGCCAUCAAGUCCGGACGCCUUCGACGUGGGCGCAUGCAAGCUUUACACGCAAGAAGAUCCUUGACAAUCCUGAAAGAAACCACCUCCUCCCCUCCUAGCGACCCCUCCCCAUCAGAUGAACCUUUUCCUGAUCACGUGUCGCAGUCAGUGAAAGCAGUGAGAAAUUUUUAUAACGCACUGUACCACUCCUCCUUCGGCCCACCCACUCCACCAUCAGGCCAAAUAAAUCUGCAGGUCCACAAUAAUGAAGUGCAAAUGGCAAUGAAGAGAAGCAAAGCACGUUCAGCUGCUGGUUCCGAUGGCAUUCAAUCCCCUUCUCUUCGUGCUCUUUCACAAAUACUCGCCUUACCCAUAACACAUUUUUUCAACAACAUGAUAAGGACAAAGGUUGUGCCUGCAACCACAAUUGAGGAAAAGUCAAUUCUACCACCGGAGCAGGCUGGUUUCCGCAAGCACUUCUCGACCAUAGAUCAUAUUCACACUAUUAAUAUGAUUACCGAGAAAUGUCACGAGUUCAAUAUAGAGCUAUGUGCCGUUUUCGUCGAUUUUAAGAAGGCCUUCGAUAGCGUGGAACUUCCAAUGAUAUGGAAAGCGUUGGAGUAUUUUGGUGUGGAGGAGAACUUGAUAAUGGCCAUACAACUGCUGUAUGCACACAGUACCGCUGCCGUCAGAAUAGCGAACCAACUAGCAGAGUUCAAUCUGCAGCGGGGUGUAAGACAAGGAGACUCAAUGUCUCCAGUUCUCUUCACAUUAGUUCUCCAGUACGCGCUGAAUCUGAUAGAUUGGCAGGGCAAAGGACUGAAACUAGGGAACAAAACCCUCUCGUACCUAGCUUAUGCUGAUGAUAUUAUCGAUUCUGUCAAAAAUAACAUGUGUAGUAUCAUGUAUAGAAACGAAGGUGAUGAAGAAAAAGGAAAGGGUAAGCCACGAAUUCUUCUUCUACUCAAGGCUGCCUUGAACAGGAUUGUGAUAACCUAUGAAGGUCAGCCUCGUCAUAUAGUCUUCGAAAAAGGAGAAGGUCCCAACACAGGCGAGUAA